AUGUAUGGUGUACUAGCACCAGAUCAAAUUAUUCAUCGUGUGUGUGAGGAGAUUGCCUACAAUAAAGGGAGAAUACGCUUCAAAGGUCUCUGGGAUAUAAUUGGUUCUUUUUUCGAGCUUAAAAAUGAUAGGAUAAAACAAUUUAUAGUCAAUUGUCUAUUAUCAAAUCCUGAUAUCGAGUUGCAACGCGAUGGUAAAAGUGUUCCCCACCUAGCAUACGCAGCCACUCUUGAACAGGAGGGGCACUUGUACUUCACCAUUACUGAAGACAAGCUGUGGACCAUUUUAACUGGGUAUAGGAAAAAAGAGUCGGCGAUUGGUGGUUUGGCAUUUGAGCUUCUAAUGGAAAUAGCUAAGGGAAAGGAUCACGGAGUAAAUACGAUGGACCUAGCUGCAAUUACCAAGCAAGAUCCCAGGAGUAUCACCGGAAGAAUCAAGAAAUUAGGUAACUUGGUUAGUGGAGUACAGAUCAUCUAUAAGGGACACGUUGUGAAGUUGCUAAAGUUUCACAAGUUUGCAGAUGAACAGCCUAAACGAUUAUAUGUGAAUGUGAGGCAGUAUCUUCCUGUUAUGGUUUCAACUGUUAAGAAAUCUAAGAAUGGUGUGCGACAGGUUGUUGAUCUGAAAAGGGAACUCAAACUAGACAAGGACAAAAGAUUGAAUAAGGCAUUUAUUGCUGCUAUAGCCUGGUUAGAUGAGAAGAAGUACCUAAAGAAAGUUAUUGUUGUGUCGCCUUCUAAUCCUGAAACAAAAAUUCGCUGUGUUCAAUAUCUACGUGAUUACAUACCUGAAGAGAAAGAUAUCAUUGACUGUGAGAACGAUAGUGCUGAUGAAGAUGAAGAGGAUCAAUCAAAUGGAGACAGUAAGACAGUUUUGGAGGAUGAGGAUGCCAUUGAGGGGUUUGAUAGUGGGAAUGCUACCGGAUUAUUACAGGAACCAAAUCUAUUGAUUCAAGAAAAUACGGAAUGCAGAAAAGAAUUCAGCAUGAAUAGAUUUUUUCCAUUACAAAACCAGACUUAUGCUCUUUCAGAGAAACAUGGUACUCAAGGUAUAUCCAUUAUGGAGUGUGUAAAUUCCAUUGUGGGUAACGAUUAUAAAAGAUCCUUCACAAAAAAUAGUGAAUAUUACCUUCAAACUAUUGGCAAAGGGAAACAAAAGUGUGGUCUUAACUUAGGAUAUGAGCUAGUUCGAGUUUACGAUUUUGAAGGCAAGAAGAAAUUCUAUCGAUUAUUUACAGCAAAGAAAUUUAGAGAAUUCACUGAUGCUUCUGAUCCAAAUCUCGAUGUUGUUCUUCCCCCAGAGAAGAUUCAACGUAAUUCUUUGACCAAGUUAAGUAAAGAAAGCUUUAUGCCUUUGAAUACUACUCUAAGGUUUACUGAAAGAGACGGGCAAGAUGUGUUUUUUUGGCAUGGAGAAUUGGAUAUUCCUGCUACUUCGAAUACUACGGCUAGGGGUAGGAAGAGAAAGCUUGGAAGUGAAUCUAGGGAAGAAAGCACAAAAAAGAGAGCUGUUGAUACACCUGAAGUAGAAAUUUCAGCACCGGAAAAUGAUUCUGUGAACGUUUCUAAUGGUGGUAAUACAGAAUCAUCCGUUGUUGAUACUCUAGUCAAUAUUGGAGGUUUUGCAGCACAUUCUUUGAAAUCCAUUCAAAGACAGAAGGCCAUUUUAGACAUUGUUAAAAUAUAUGGAGGAGUUACUUAUGUUCGUGAUCAAUUGUAUGAAGAUGUGUCCAACUACAUGGGUACGAAGAUGAUCUUAGACAAGAAAACUUUAAGGGGAGAUGUUGAACUACUGGUAGCCACGAACAAAUUACGUGUAAAGGUUAAGUCAAAUGGUAGGCGUAUACUGUACUUGCCUGCUGUUGAUAAUGAGGCUAUUGCAAAAUAUAUAACCAGUACGAAGGAUACAAAGGUUGCGUUUUCAAAGGAUAUUAUUAAGAAUACCGACAUCUACUUUUUUGACCAAACUGAACAUAACCGGUUUCAUAGAGGUACAAAAUCUGCUGAAAGAAUAACGGCGUUUCAAAAUAGGGCUAAAAAGGGUCAUAAAGCAACGAAGAUCGUAGGUGCACCUAGAAAGACGAAGCCUAAGAGUUCAAGAGGUAAGGAACAAGUAUCAAUUGAUAUUCAUAACGGCGCUACUGCAGAUGCUAUAGAGAAGAAGGGAGUUGGGCAUAAGAAACGCUCACAGCAAUCUAAAAAUUCUUCUAACGAAACGUUCAAUGUCAGCACUAAAGAGGGUGCUAAGGCUUUAAUUAUGGCAGCAGUUAUUACAAAGAGUAUCAAAGGCCAAACUUUAUGGCCUGAAAUUUCAGCAUUAUUUCCAAGUAACUCCCUUGAACAUUUGAAAAAACAAUGGACAUUGCGUAGAGUAAAAAUGGGACAUAGUGGCUGGAGAGCACUAAUGGAAAAAUGGAGAAAUGUGAUGGUUGAUGCAGUUAAGAAUGAGCGAGCUACUUUAGAAGAUGCAGAACAUUUGAAUCUUAUCAAGUUAAUUAAGCUAUGGUUGGCUGAUGAUGAUGCUAGAAGCAAGCAGCCAGUAAAAUUGUACAAGAACUAUGAAGAAAAUUAUAAAAGAUACACACUGGUGAAAAAUAACGAAAAAUCGAAUACUCACUCCAGCCUUGCUAUGUCCUCAAUGAUCCAACGUGAAUCUUACUUAUUAAAGAAAAUAUACACCUAUGGAGACCAAUCUGAGUUACCUUAUAAUAAGACUGAGGAGCAGAUCAGAUCUGUAGUUAGAUCCAUUUUAAUCACCAGUUCUGGCAUGGAAACAGAGGAUAUUGAUAUAUUAAAAACCUUUGAUCAAGAGCAAGUAGAUAAGGUAAUUCUGGACAUGGCGAGAGAACGCCAUAUAUCAUUUGUGGGAUCUUCGAAAUUGCGGCUGACAGAUUAUGUUCUUGAUAUUUUGGAUUUGAAGAGCAGGCAUUGGGAACUUGAAAAAUCCGGUAAAUUCUGUAGAAAGAUUAUGGAGUUAUUGAAUGCCAAAAAGGCCGUUGUGGUUGGUGAAGAACCUUCAAAGUACAGUGCAACCGUACUCAUUGACAUGCUAGAAUCUAAUAAGUUAUGUGUUACCCCGGUGCCCUUGCCUUUCAAAGAAAAUUCCAUGUAUUAUGCAACUAGAAAAUACGAAGUGACAGCACUGACGCCCCCAUUGGUGUUUUUUGCUAAGAAAAAGAUUGUUGAACAAAACCAUAACAAACAUCCAAUUCCACUCAACAAGGCAUUCUCACGUUUGUGGAUUGAUUCCCAAGGUUCCAUUCGUGAAAAAGUGUGGAAACAACUUGUCUUUAUGACUGUCUACGAAAUUCUGUUUAAUCCUGGCAUCACGUUACAAUCAUUAACAAGAAGAUUUCGUAAAAUUGUAAGUCAAAAUGAAAUUGAAGAUAUUGUUGUCUGGCUGAAAAAGUUGGGGUAUCUGUCAGAUAUUAAACAUGGAGGUUAUGUUUUGGAACAUGGUUGGUAUCUUGUACUAGGUUAA